CCCGGCCGCGGGAAGCGAGAACGCUACCGCACGACCACGAGCUGGGAACUAUUAUUUAUUUAUCUUUGACAAUUUAUAUUGUUUGGGUUUAAUCAGCUCACACGUGUAAGAUAUAAAUGGAAGUACGACUUUAGCUUCCAUUAGUGUUGAUGCAAGACGAUGGGAGUGUACAGAAGAAAACGUAUUAGUCACCCAUGAAUGCACGUAAUAAUAACAAUGCGCUUACAAUACUGCGCUUUUUUAUAAAGGUCAAAAGCAAUAAAAAUGUAUCUGCCGAUUCAGAGAUGGAAAGAAAGUAGACCAAUGUGCGUAAAUAUGAAAAGACUGACAAGUUCACAGCCCCAAAUGAAGAAGUGGAUCGCUAUAUCUGUACGAUAGCGAAAUGUAUGUAUGAGAUACUUUUUUGUACGUGGUGUUACUAAACGAGGUAAAAUAAUUGUUUCUGCCAUGUCAUAAUAACAGCUGGAAAGACUUAAAAAAGAGAGCUGUAGAAGAAAAAGGUUGCCGUAAUUUCUACAGCGACCGGUACUGGCAUCACGCGUAUAUGCGGAAGUUGUCUUGUUUAUCUAGCAUCGUUAACUGUGUACUUUAUCACGGAAUGUACAGUAGCCUUUCUAUCAAAGAUCCUAUAAGCUAACUAUAAUAUAAAAUUUCUUUUUGUCUUUAUCCUGACAACGGAGAGCAAUCACGGCAUCAUCUACACAAACUGAAUUUCCAUCAUACUCAUGGCAGUAAAUGCUACACCAAGGCAAACGGGAGUAGUGAAUCUAAAUCAUUUAAUAUUCUUGCUGGUAAGGUGACCUGAAAAGACACUAUUGACCCCCUUAAUGUAGAGACUACGACUGCGGGGCUACUAUAUAAAGUUAUCAGAAAGGGGUUUAUCAUUCCGUGAACUUUAGUCUCCUAGAGCAAUGACCCCCUGCUUCAGUUGUAGUGCCCGCUUAUUUUCAAGAGAAUUCAUAUAAAACGAGUUCCACCUUUUACAGCAGAAAUGUUAAAAGCGAGGACUGUCUUAGUAUACAUACUUAUAGUGUUUGAAUUUCAGUUUGUCUUUAUGUGCGAAAGUAAUCAGACUCGACAAGGCUGCCGCAUUCAGGAGGGUACAUGCUUGUGUGGGGUCGGAUGUUACUCGGAAUACAGAUAUUCUUCAAGGGAAGAAUGUAGGAAGGCUCUGAAAGGACGUGGUGAUGACCCCUGUCAGGUGAACCCAUGCGAGAAUGGAGGUUCGUGCAGUCAAAUAUCAUUUGAGCCUGGGUAUCGCUGUCGUUGCGAAGGGACAGGUUUCUAUGGCAACCGCUGUCAAAAUGCUUGUCCAAUACCAGGAACAUCAACAGGCCGAUACUCUUUCCCACAUGAGUGUAUUGUAAUCUGAGAAUGAUUGUGGGCAAAAUCUGACAUUUCAUAGUACUGAGAAGUAUCCAAAGUGGAUAUAGUAUAUUUACAAGUUUCUGCUUAUUGCUGGAACUCUAAAUCCUGCUACACAAUGCAACAAUUGGUCAUUACACAAUAGAAAAAUUCAUGCAUGCCACGAAAACAAGGAAGGAGUAAUUGUAUUUGACAACAAACUGUGUGAUUAAUAGGCUGUCAUCUUAAAGGAUUUUAUUAGGUCCUUCAAGAUAGAGAUUAAUGUUAAACAAUAUGUGCAAUAUAAAAACAUGUGCAUCCAUCUGUUGCCUUCAUGUUAUACACAGCUGUUUCUUUUGUAACUACCUACGUUCUUUAAAAAGACAUUAAGACAUUCCAUUGACCUUACCAUCCUGUAAGACAUUUUUUUUUCCUUUUUUUUAAGUUAAAAGGAUGAUGCCUGUAACAUAAAUACAUAGUAUGUAUUCCAUAAACAUAAUAACAGUACUGUGAACUGUAAAGCAGGUAGAUUGGUGGUAUUCAGAGCAUUAGCUUGCAUAAUGAUAGUGACAUGGUAUGGCCUGCUUUGAAUAUUCAUUAACGUUAUAUGCAUUUAAGUGUCUGUGGUUACCAUCACUGCAAUUUUGCAUUUAUGAUGAUAUUAUUUGCAUUGAAAUCAUAUCAUAUAAUUUUAAACAUACAUAAAAGUGUAUCAAAUAACUGUAAAUUAAGCAAGUUUGAUAUUUUUAUGUUGGUGGUUUUAUUUUAAAAUAAUAACAAAUAUAUUCUGGGAGUAAAUUUUUGCAUCAAAAUUGUAUGUCAGCACUUGGAACAUUAAAGUAUCUAAUAAAUAAAG